UCUUAGGGCCACGGAUCGGUGUCGCUUUGGGUGGGAGACUGCCAUCUAUAUAUACCAUGUUGCUGCAAAUCGCCUGGAAGCGGGUCGUCCGGACCUUGGUGGCAACCCCAGCGUCGAAGUCCCGGGCGCCCGUUCGGGGGCUGCGCGUGCGCGUGGUACAUCAUGCUCCCUCAGAUACAACUCCUGCUCCAGAGGCAGAGACCGUGCUACGACCUCUCUAUUUGGAUGUGCAAGCUACCACUCCUCUGGAUCCCCGGGUGCUUGAUGCCAUGCUUCCUUACCUAGUCAACUACUACGGGAACCCACACUCCCGGACACAUGCGUAUGGCUGGGAGAGUGAGGCGGCCGUGGAACGUGCUCGCCAGCAAGUAGCAUCUCUGAUUGGGGCUGAUCCUCGUGAAAUUAUUUUCACUAGCGGUGCUACUGAAUCCAACAACAUAGCAAUUAAGGGGGUGGCUAGGUUCUAUAAGUCACGGAAAAAGCACUUGAUCACCACUCAGACGGAACACAAAUGUGUCUUGGACUCCUGCCGCUCACUGGAAGCUGAGGGCUUUCAGGUCACCUACCUGCCAGUGCAGAAGAGCGGGAUCAUCGACUUAAAGGACCUAGAGGCUGCCAUCCAGCCAGAUACCAGCCUGGUCUCAGUCAUGACUGUGAAUAAUGAGAUUGGAGUGAAGCAGCCCAUUGCGGAAAUAGGGCAGAUUUGCAGUUCCAGAAAGGUUUAUUUCCACACUGAUGCAGCCCAGGCCUUUGGAAAGAUCCCACUUGAUGUCAAUGACAUGAAAAUUGAUCUCAUGAGCAUCAGUGGUCAUAAAAUUUAUGGUCCAAAAGGAGUUGGUGCCAUCUACAUUCGCCGCCGGCCCCGUGUGCGCGUGGAGGCCCUGCAGAGUGGAGGGGGGCAGGAGCGGGGUAUGCGGUCUGGGACAGUGCCCACACCACUGGUGGUGGGGCUGGGGGCUGCGUGUGAGGUGGCACAACAAGAGAUGGAGUAUGACCAUGAGCGGAUCUCAAAGUUAGCAGAACGACUGACAAAGAAGAUAAUGAAGAGCCUUCCCAAUGUGGUGAUGAAUGGGGACCCUGAGCACCAUUAUCCAGGCUGUAUCAACCUGUCCUUUGCAUACGUAGAAGGGGAAAGCCUGCUGAUGGCACUCAAGGAUGUUGCCUUAUCCUCAGGCAGUGCUUGUACCUCUGCUUCCCUGGAGCCCUCUUACGUCUUAAGAGCGAUUGGCACUGAUGAGGAUUUAGCUCAUUCUUCCAUCAGGUUCGGCAUUGGCCGCUUCACUACAGAGGCAGAAGUGGACUACACAGCGGAGAAGUGCAUUCAGCAUGUCAAGCGUCUGCGAGAAAUGAGCCCUCUCUGGGAGAUGGUACAAGAUGGCAUUGACCUCAAGAGCAUCAAGUGGACCCAACACUAAAAGAGCAGCACGUGGCAAGGGCCUGGUCUUUCCUGCUUUACUGAACCACGCACACCAGACACCUUGUUACACCAAGAGGGUGUUCCUGAUUCAAACCAGAAUUGCUAUAGUCCAGUUGACUUCAGCAUCAGCCCACCUCCAAGACAGAAAUACAAGAGAACUCUUUCCCCAGCCUUGGCUCCUUUACUGAGAAAUAUUCCUUAUUUCUCUCCUGGAGUCUUCCUCUGGUCUUAUAAUAGGUGUGUAUUAUCAUCAUGAAACUGUAGGGAAAUUCAUCAUGAUACUACUGCUGGAUAAGUUUGUGUCCUUGAUGGGAAGAGAGCCAAAGAAACAAGAAGAAUGUUCUCUGGGACCCUAGUGCUCUACUUGGACAUUUGAGUUGCUACACUUUUGCUGCUGAGCUUGAUUGGCUCCCUCAAGAACACACAUAGUCAACUAAGAUUUUAUCCUUUUUUGUGUUUCCAAAGACCACCUCUUCUUAUUGAUUAUAGAUCAAACAGCAAGUUACUUAGAAGGCUUUGUCCUUCCUGUUCUUGUCCUCUUUCUUUUUACCUAACAGAGCUAGAAGAGGCCCAUUAUUAAAAUACAUUCGUUCCUUAAAAUUUGUUGAUUUACAUAUCAGAGAAAUAAAUUCACCUUCUAUAUGCUCUCUUA